AUGCCCGAGCAGGUCGCUUCUCAGCCUGCAGUUGCUAAAGGCCCAUCCGACACCACGCACAGAAACUCUAGCGCUCCGAAUUCGAACACCAAAUACCAAAUCAACGUCAACCGCUCAAAGACGAGAAAAUGGGCCAACUUCAAGCCACAGAACUACGACGGCGACGAUUGGGGAAGUGAGGAGUAUGACGAUGUGGACGAGGAACCUCCAUCGGCCCCUCGACAGCCCGUUAAGCAGUACAAGCCAUAUACACCAGCAUUGCAUCUACAAACUCAGCAACCGCCAGCUGCUCCCUCGGGCCGUAUCGCUCAGAUGGUAGCAGCCUCAUCGACGCCAACGACACCGAAUGCCCUGGGAAGAGCAGGCACAUUUGGCCAGCCUCAAUACGAUGCGCCUCGGGCCAGUUCACCUGUGGUUGGAGGUAAACAGGUUCUUCCGUCCAUGCAGCGCGUAGCGACCAUGCCCCAGAAUGUCGGCCCGGGCGCGGCCUCUGCACAGUUUCCACCGCGCAAGAGCAGUAUGGGCCCUCGCGAGGUCCCGGACAUGACUGAUCCGACCCGCCAACCAAGGUCUACCACUUGGGCCGUGCCAGCGCAAAGACCGUGGUCAGACGCUCGAUCAGCCUCCCCCAACGCCAGGUCACCGGUAUCGCCGGACAAGCCGCUGCCACUUCCACGACCUACUGACAUAUAUCGACGAAUGGGCGAGGACAACAACGCGGGGUCGCAAUCUUCGCAGCCCGUAAACCAAGGACACCUGGGCAACGGGGCUCACGCUGUGGGCCUAAACUCGGGAUCGGGUCACCAGGAACGUCGAGGUAGUGCAGCAGGCAAUGAAGGUGGUGAUAGUCCAUGGGGUCGGAGGCCGAGUCUAGCUCCAGUGAUGGAGCGAAACAGCGAAUAUGGGGCUGAAGGGUUGCUCGCUGGGCCUGCGUCGAAGGAGUCCGGUGUCCAACCUGUCGCUUUUGGAGAAGAAGAGGACAAGGUCCGGCGGUUCUCGACAAGUCCCACACUACCGGAUGUCACACGCUUGUCGGGGUUCGGAGAAGAUCUGUUCUCAACUCGAUUUUCGGUUCUAGCGCCUCAACUGGCUUCCAUUCCAGACAUCUCCAACCCUUCUAACCCAACAAAGGCUCCCGAACAAGAAGGGAUCUCUACAGACGAACGUGCGGAAAAGGACGGUAACUCGGAACAAGGUAUCGUUACACCGGCAAAUCCCAGUGUGGCGCCUAUCUCACUACCAGUCGCCGAACCUGUGUCUACCGCACAAGCGCCACCGCCUUCUAUCGGAGGUGCGGCGGUGUCUGAUGCAACACCGCAGUUUGCACGGGAACCCAUUCGCUCUGGAUCCCCGCCUAACCAGUCUGUCGGGCUGCUGUACACCCAAGACGACGUUAAUGGAUCCCAUGUAGUUGCCAAUGCUUCUCAACAACUGCCAUACAAGAUGGAAACGCCACAGGAAACUAUUUCAUCGGAUAUGGACAAACAUGCUGUCCGCCCGCGCCUUCCAGGUGGUUGGGUAACCGAAACAUUGUCCACGCCUGGAGAAACCCCACCGCCGGCUCGUAACGAUACCUUUUCGAACAUGACGAGCAACUUUCCCCAGCCCCCAAGUUCGUCACUCGUCGGCAAAUCCUUUGCUGAUACAGAACGUCCGUCAGACUUUGAUCAAGCUCAACAGCACGACCCAUCCGGCCCCAGAGAAACGAGUGAAGCAGCUAUCGAAUCCCCUCAUUCGACGUCUGAUGGGGAAGCUGCUCAGGCAACACCUACCUCAGAUAAAGACACGCAUGCAAGUCUUGCGCCGACAAUGGAACCUUCAAAACAUCGGGACAUCACUCCGACUGCACCACUAAACUUUAACCGUGGUUUGCUAGGGAGCAAGUCUGCUGAACCACUGCACGUGCUACCUUCGCCAAACGUGGGUGGUGGCUCGAACUUGAAUACGCCCGGCGACUCUCCACUCAAAGAAAGUGACCUGCUCAGAGACGAGAUAACCAAGUUCUUGGGUGACCCUGAAAUAUCUGGCAGCUUUUUGGAUAUUGCCCGGUCAUCAUCAACACCAAAUCACCCCGCCCCAGAUGCUACCCGAGAGAGCAGCUAUUUUGGGGAUGUCUAUGGUGACUAUUUUGCUGCCAGCGAGGAUAACCAGAGUCAAACGAAACCGAGUGCUACUACGCAACCGGCUGCGACAGAUACACCUACACCCCUGGCGGCUGGCACACCAAAGGGUGUUGUUGUAGCGCCUCUCUCUGUUGCUACCUCUACAAGUUCUGAAUCUGGUGCCUCUACUUCGGUGUCCAAGCAAGGUUUGACUGAGGACACAGCUGGGGCCCCCGAGUUACGGCGUCGCUUCUCCUGGGAAGGACCCUCCGAGCAAGACGCCGCAAACGCUCCUGAAGUGGACCCUGCAUACCAUGUCGAGCAGAAGUCCCGUACCUCUGGCCCUGAUGGUGUUUCUUUCGCUCCUUCGACGCCAGCUGCAGAAAAUACCGGAGAAACAACGGCACUCACUCUGUCGAAUGCCGACGAACCCCUUUCUACUUCGACAGAAAGUGCCGAUAAGCCUGCUCAGGCAGCAUCGGGUGAAAUAUCUCAUGAGGUAUCGGAAAUCAGCACGCUUCCAUCGCGGUCAAUGUUAGAGCCAGCUUCUCCCGUAUCUGCUAGCUCAGACGAGGAUGCUGAAUCCCGCCGUCGUGCUCUCUCCAUGGGCCAAGACAAGAUUCUUGUUCAACCUUCGGAGCAGCAUCCCACCUUCGGGGUGAAGCCUUCUAGUCGCCCCGGCUCAUCGGGGCCAAAGGACCCAGUCAAUAUCAUAUCAUUUCGGCAAAUCAUGGAUAUGCCUUCAUCGGCAGAUCGACUUAAGCAUUACAAUGAAACCCGAUUGCAGUUCGCCGCUAUUGACACGGGAUUGGAGGAGUGGCUGCUGGCUAUGAGGUCCAAGUAUCCCGAACAUUCGAACGCUACGUCGUCCUUCAAGGACUCGCUGACGAUGCCUGUUACGCCAAUGGAUGCGCAACAAAGCGGAGAGGCUAUGGCACUCAGCCCGGGUUACUUCCAGCAAGGUGGACGGCCAGGAACCAAUAUGCCAAUGCCGCCGUCGUUGCCCCAUGGGCACUCGGGCUUUGCGCAUUCGAGCCAGCAGGUCGGAACCAAGGGCAAGGAACUCCUUUUUGCAGCUGGCAAGGCCGGGAAGGGUCUGCUCAGCAAGGGAAAGAACAAGUUGAAGGGAACUGGCGACAAGGUAUUCUUCUAG